AUGGCUGGAAGAGGUGGAAGAAACGAUGAUGCAAUUGCUAAGGCUUUGGGGAUGAUUGCUAGUAUGCUAGGAGGAAAUGCCAAUGGUGCUGGGAUUAGUGCGAACAGACAAUUGGCAGAAUUUCAAAGGAACAACUCUCUGUUGAUAAAAGGCACUCAUGACCCUGAAGGUGCUCAGAAGUGGUUGAAGGAAAUCGAUAGGAUUUUCAGAGUGAUUGAUUGUGCUAAGAACUUGAAGGAUGUUCGGGGAAGGAAGGAGAUUGAGUUUAUGGAACUGAAGCAAGGCAAUAUGACAGUUCUAGAGUAUGCUUCCAAGUUCGUUGAACUGGCCAAAUACUACACUCAUUACAACAAUGAUGAGGCUGGUGAAUUUUCGAAAUGCAUCAAAUUCGAGAAUGGCCUCCGUGAUGAAAUCAAGAAGGGUAUCAGAUAUCAAAGGAUUCGACGGUUUGCUGAUUUGGUUGACUGUAGCAAGAUAUUUAAGGAAGAUAAUAUUAAGAUGAAGUCGUCUCACUCUCGCGAGUUGGUUGACAGAAAAUGUAAGAAGCAUGUGGAUAGAGGUAAGCCAUAUGGUAGAGGUAAAGCUGUUGAUUGGAGGAAGCCUAGUGGGGGAGACUCUAGUGCUUUUGUUAGAUGCUACAACUGUGGCGAGAUUGGACACCGUAACAAUGAAUGCAAGCUUGAUAAAAAGAAAUGCUUCAAGUGUGAUAAAGUGGGUCAUAUUGUUGCUGAUCUUAAGAAGAAGGUGCUGUUUCCUAAGGCUAUUAAUGCUGACGAUCUGGCUAUGACUUCUAGACAAGUGAAUGAUGCAGUUGAAGACGGUGCAACAGUGUUUAUGUUGUUUGUGUUGAUGAACUUGAAGGAGAAGGCAGUGAGUAGUGAACUACCAGUGGUAUGUGACUUUCCGGAAGUUUUUCCAGAGGAUGUGAACGAGUUACCGCCAAAAAGAGAAGUAGAUGUUGUUGAUGUGUUGCUGUGUUCAUCCAUGGAAACUAAAUCUGAGAAUAAGUGUUUCUAA